AGCAAUUCUUUAGCAACUAUCUUAAAAGCCCCGACACUACAAAAGACAAGUUUGUCUGUACAGGACGUGAAAUAUUUGUAUUGUCACUAAAAAGCUUUCUUCCCGCCCAGUCGGGGGAAUAUGGGUAAAGCAUCCUGGUCAACUGCCAAACGCCAGUACAACUCCCAUUAUUUAAAACUAACUACUCGAUAGUCGAUACCAAAAUAGCCGGGAACACGACGACUGUGGCGGCGCAAACUGUCAAAGAAAAUAAUUUACGUGUGGCCGAAGCAUGUCAUACGAUUCGAGAAAAGAACAAAAGAGGAAUCCGAAAAUCACAUGGGGAGGAAAAAGGGUCGGAUGGGUAGUUACGCGAAACUACACGCGUUGAUUUCAGCGCUUGAAACCCUUUCACGGUCAAAUCAUUUUUUGUUAAUACAGUCUCAUAUUCUCAGGUCGAUCUUCCCCUGUUUAGCUGUCGCAGGACUUUCUAGUUUUGUAAGAUUUGACGCAGGUGUACGGGUGUCAUUCAAAAGAGAGUUGGAACUUUAGCGGCGAAGAUUGUUCUGAUCUUGAGGCCAAGCAAUUUUCAUUGAUAAAAGGCUACGAUGAAAUUCAUUUGAAUGGGAGGAGCACAGGAUUUUCUGGUAAGACACAAUAUGGAAAUUGCAGAAGUUAGUAAAUUCAAAAGGAAGCUUGAAGUUAUUUUUGAUCAUCCAUCUUAAUAAAAUACAAAUGGAUAACUGUUUCUCAAAUGGAGAUGAGGCUUGGCAAAAACAAUUGGGAUUAAAAGAAGACAAUUUGCAGUUAAAGGAUAUAGAAAGGAUUCUUUUGGAAAAGGAUGAGCAGUUUGCUUGGUCAGAUAGAUCAAUCUUGGUAAAGAAUACAUCAGCUUCUUCUUUGGAAAAUCAGAAACAAUUGCUGCAGAACGUGCAUCCUUUUGAAAGCACCAGCGAGCUCACAAAAAAAGGGGAAAGUGAAAAACAAGUUAUUAAUGAUCUUAUGGGAAGGUCAGACAAAGAUAAACCUUUUCUUUCUAGAUUGCCUGAGUCUAGAUGGGAUGUGGAAGCAUUGGCAUUAGCAAAUUUGCACCAAGAGUCCAAGUUGCUGAAAUCUGAGAAACCAGUCAAACCAGACAGUAAUAAUUCAAAUGGGAUUUCAUCCAUACCUUAUCUGUCACAAAUAGUUAACAAUGGAAACAUAACUACUUUGGCAGCACAAGAAGAAAAUUCCAAAAUUUAUGAGAUGACAAAGGUUUUUGAAGGUUGUUUGAAUGGAGAGCCUUACUUAUCAAACAGUAUCUCAGAAGAUACAGCAUAUCUCAUUUUGGAAGCACCAUUGAAAAAAAUGUCAAAAGAGCAAUUAAUAUCCCAUUAUUUAAGGGUUGUAGCAGCAACAAGAAGGGAUAAGGAGCGUGUCCUGGCUGAAAAAACAGAAGAGAUUUACAGGCUUAAGCGGGACAUUUUGAGGGAGAAAGGCAAUGAGAGUGAGAUGCGUGUUUUAAGAAAAGUGCUGAAUGACACAACCAGAAAAUUGGAUGAAGUUAUGAAAGAGAAUGAAAAAUUGAUCCUCUCAAGAAGGUUUGAAUACAAGAAUUCUGGAAUGAUUUCUGAUUUGCAGGAUGAAUUGCAAGCUGAGGAUAGAAGAAUGACAAAGCCGCAUGCAGGGAAUGAAAGGGAACUCAAAACAUUAUCUGACAGCAACGAGCUAGAUAACUCAUCAAGAGAAUCCUACUUACUGAAUCAAAUAGUAGCGUUGGAAAAUGAUAGGGAAGAAAUAGAAGAGAAAAACAGGAAUGAAAUAGACACACUGAGAAUUUGUUUCGAAGAGGUUAUCAAGGAGAAAGCAAUUGCCUUAGAUAUGGCAUUGGAGGAAUGUGUAGAGCUUAGGAAGCAGAAGCAUUCACUUGACAAGUUGAUCCAUGAUAAAGAUAGGGGAAUGAGCUUAGUCUCAAUGGAAAAGGAAGAUCUGAGGCAGAAAAUAGCAACAAUGGAGAAUCUGCUUGAACAGAAGAGAAAUGAAUUUAAAGAACUUAAUGGUUUGUUUCAGAAUAUGCUGAAAGAAUAUGAAGAAUUAAAAAGAAAUAAUAUUUAUAUUGAAACACUUCUAAUGGAAAAAGAGAAGUCCUUAGAUUCAGCUAAGAGAGAACAAGAUGAACUUAAAAGGCAAGUUAGUUUGCUGGAGGAAGCUGUUGAAGAAAACAAACACCCUGCAGAUGUAGCCUUAAACGUUCUGGAGGAAACAAGGAAGGAGAAAUUGAUGCUUGAGGAUGCUAUCCAGGAUAGGGUAAAUGCCGUGAGCAUUAUUAUGAAGGAGGAGGAAGGGCAGAGAACAGAUUUUGAAGGAAUUAUUACAAAAAAAGAUUGUGCCUUAGAAAUUGAAAAACAGAUAAAAGAAACACUUGAAAUCAAAGAAUCUUUUGAACAAAAGAAAGUAGCUUUAGAGCAGGCCAUGGUUCAGAUUAAAGAAGAAGAGCAAAAAAGGCAAUUCUUUGAGACAAAUGUGCAAAAACUUGAAGACCGCCUCCAAAGCAUGCAAAUAGACUUACAAAUGGAGCAGAAGCAGAGUCAAAUGGAAUUAUCCAGGUACUUUAACAAUAUCAUGGGUGCAUCUCUGAAGUUGGAAAACUUGGAAAUGGAAAAGCUUCAUAGUAACCUCUUAAGAGCAUGGCCUCAUUUGAAGCAUGUCGGUAAAAGAUAUAGGUUGAGAGGAGCUGAGAGGCAGCUAAACAAGCUUCGCAGCAGAGCUAAUUCAUAUGCACUAAGUGAUUCACAUUGCAGGAAAAUUUAUGAGAGAAAGCAUUCAAAUCUUCAGUUGGCUGAGGAAGAGGUGGAUUUGUUGGGAGAUGAUGUUGACAGUCUUCUAAGUUUACUUGAGAAAAUAUAUGCUGUACUCAAUCACUAUGCACCGAUACUGCAGCAUUAUCCAGGGAUCCCUGAUCUUGUGAAAUUGAUUGAAAAAGAAAUAAUGGGGCACUUUGAAAUGGAAAUUAAACUUUGAAGCUGCCGUCUGUGAUUCUGUUUGCUUUACAGGUACAUACAUGCUGCUGGAUUGGAUGCAAGAUUGAGGAAAUUUUAUGUAUUGUAACGUUUUUGAAGAAUAAGACAGAUUUGCUGUCUUUGCUUGGCUACUCACUGUUGCCUUACCAUUGUCAUGAAGAAAGAGACAACAGCUAACAAAGAGGGAUUCUUAUUCUUGUAAUUAUGAGAUUCACAAUUGUUCAUGACGAUUUGGAGAUUAAACUUUGAGACAGUCAUGGAUGUGAGGUUUGGGCUGUUCUCAGUAGGCUUGGUCUAUUAUUCUUUUUCUUACGAAGGCAUUCAAUGUACAUAGGAAGAGGAUUACUAUAUUUCUGGCUAGCAAAUGCAAUGCAAAGGGCACCAAAUUCUUUGUAAAGAUUCCUUUCAAAUUCAUUAUUGAUUAUUAUAUGUCAAAAAGAGUUUGAACUGUCAGAGAAAAGAAUCCAAGAUGCCCGCUUGUUUGGGUUGAGUUCUCCUCUCUUGACGUAAAAAUGUAUUUUAUAAUUAGUUGGCACAUUUAUAGUUUGCAUGACCAUGGUGGCCAUAUUUUAUUUAAUUUUUGUUCUCAGAUUUGUCA